CCAGGCCACGGGGCUUGGAAGGACUCGGGUCAGCUUUGCAAAGGGGGUGUCUGCUGAGCACUUCCUGGAUCAACAGCCCCCCGUCCCUGGGGCUGGGCAGGGGGGCUGGGGCUGGGCUGUAGCUAGAGAGGCCCCUCUUGGGCUGGGAGGAGCUAGAGAGGCCCCUGCCAGCCUGUCACAGGCCCUUGGCACUGGCACUGGCUCUGGCUUUCACACACACACACACACACACACACACACGCUGGCAAGCACCCCCCAGGUGGCCUCCACAGUCUCACCUUCAGACUUACAGGUCCUGCCUCCCAGGCUCAAAGCUGGCUCCGUGGGGACACAGUGACAUGAGAGGCACACCACAGACCCACCUCCUGGCCUUCUCCCUCCUCUGCCUCGUCUCCAAGGUGUGUGCCCAGCUGUGCCCAACACCGUGUACCUGUCCCUGGCCACCACCCCGAUGCCCACAGGGGGUGCCCCUGGUGUUGGACGGUUGCAACUGCUGCCGGGUAUGUGCACGGCGGCUGGGGGAGCCCUGCGACCAUCUCCACGUCUGCGACCCCAGCCAGGGGCUGGUCUGCCAGCUCGGGGCGGGCCCUGGCGGCCGGGGGUCCAUGUGCCUCUGGGGAGAGGAUGAGGGCAGCUGUGAGGUGAACGGCCGCCUCUACCGGGAUGGGGAGAUCUUCCAGCCCCACUGCAGGAUCCGCUGCCGCUGUGAGGACGGCGGCUUCACCUGUGUGCCCCUGUGCAGCGAGGACGUGCGGCUGCCCAGCUGGGACUGUCCCUACCCCAAGAAGGUGGAGGUCCCAAGAAAAUGCUGCCCUGAGUGGGUGUGCGACCAGGGAAGGGGGCUGGGGGUCCAGCGCCUCCCAGCCCAUGGACCCCAGUUUUCUGGUCUUGUCGCUCCCCCAGCCCCUGCCGUCUCCUGCCCAGAAUGGAGCACGGCCUGGGGCCCCUGCUCAACCACCUGUGGGCUGGGCGUGACCACCCGGGUGUCCAACCAGAAUCGCUUCUGCCGCCUGGAGACCCAGCGCCGCCUAUGCCUACUUGGGCCCUGUCCACCCACCAGGGGCCACAGCCCAUGGAACAGUGCCUUUUAGAGCCAGACUGAGAAUGGAAACUCGGUGUCACCCGCCCGCCCAGCAAGCAAUCUGGGUUGCAGGCAACAGUCCAGCUUGGGUCCACCAUCCGGGCCCUGGAGCACGAGAGUGUUCGCAAGCCAGCUGGCCCACCUGGACCCUGAGAUGCAGCGGGAUGCAUGCCCUAGUCCCCCUUUCUCUAACUUACAGCCUGGGAGAAUGGCCAGGUUUCUUCUGGUCCAUUCACAGCCUGUAUCAGUGAUGCGCACGGGCUAGCUUUCCAGAGAUGGCGCCACCAUCUCUCCCUUAAUCAUUAGACUGAGGCAGGUGCUGGGCUGGAUGGGCUACUUUUCUGGGGGUAUGGUGAAGAGGGGCACAGAUGUGCUGAAUCUCCUGCUUCCUUUCCUGGAGCGAUGUAAGAAUAUCCCUGAAUAUGUGCCUAUGUGUCAAGCUUGUGCUGUCUGAGAAAGCCCUCCCUCCCCACCACGGGCAGAAUUCAGGGGCUGAAUUCUUUGUAAAAAUCACAAGGUGAAAUCACUCUGUCUUGAAGAAAGUCAGAAAACAGGCCUUAACUUGACCCAUUAAACCCAACUUGUAUUAGUAAGAAUUAACCUUUUUUGAGACUCUGCAAUGCACCAGGCCAAGCCAGACAUUUCAUACGGGUUGGUGCUUGGAAACAUUUUUGACUAGAGAGAAGCAGGGGAGGAGGAAGACUACCUUCCAGAGACUGGGGAACAUGGCCUGAAAUAAACCAACCCCGCGUGUGAAAUUCCGUUUGCCGUCUCAUGUUUUAUUGUUUAAAGACAAAAAAAUCCCUACAUACAAAUUUUAUAUCCUCUUU